CUUUCACCUAAGAAGGCAAAUCAAACCAAAGACCAAAAGGUGCACUGAGAGUCAGCAUUGAAUUUAUGGUCGAAUAAGCCUCCUGCAGCAUGCUUGUCCGAGAAAACUCCAAGAAGAUAACCCCAAAGAGCAAACAAGAGAACCAAAUCUUGAUGAUGAAGUACUUCAGCUUUGUAGCGACAUGUAACCGAUGGUUCCGCUUCUCCUUUUCCUGGGCGGGCCUGAAACCGACCACCAUCGACCUUGGUGACGGCACGGUCGUGCACUGUUGGGUACCCAAGACGUACGAACCCAACAAGCCCGACUUGCUCCUCUUGCACGCUGGAGCCAACGCCAUGUGGAACUGGUACGAGUUCAUCUCACCCUUCAUCGCUGGAUUCAACGUGUACGUGCCUGAUCUCUUGUUCUUUGGCGACUCCUACACGGUGCGGCCUGAGCGGACUGAGCAGUUUCAGGCUCAGUGCAUCGCAGGAGUCUUGGAGGAUCAGGGAGUGAAGAAGACAAACGUGGUGGGGAUAAGUUACGGCGGGUUCGUGGGGUAUAGCUUGUCGGUGCAGUUCCCGGAGAUGGUUGAGAAGUUGGUUCUGUGCUGUGCAGGGGUAUGUAUGGAGGAGAAGGACAUGGAGGAUGGGAUGUUUCAGGUGAAGAGCGUGGACGAAGCCCUGACUUUUCUGCUUCCACAGACGCCGGAGAAAGUGAAGGAGAUGUUUGAGGUCACCUUUUACAAGCCGGUGACGAGAAUGCCCACUUGCAUCAUGCAGGAUUUCAUUGAUGUUUUGUAUAAGGAGUACCAUCAAGAAAGGAUAGGGCUGGUCAAUGCAAUGUGCAAAGAUAGGAAGAUGUCUAAUCUUCCCAAAAUAACUCAGCCAACACUGAUAAUCUGGGGGGAAUAUGAUAAAAUCUUUCCAUUGGAACUGGGUCACAGAUUAAAGAGGCAUUUAAAUGAAAACGGGCGACUAGUGGUUAUAAAGGAUUGUGGUCACGCGAUGCAAAAAGAAAACCCGAAAGAGAUGUACAAACACAUCGAGGCGUUCCUCGGCGAUCCACUCCUUUCACCUAAAUCAAACUAGUGGGCGGAAGGUGGACUGAAAGUCGGCAAUGAAUUCUGCAGCUUGAUUGUCCAAAUUUUAUGUAUGCGUUAAUUUAAGCUGUGUAAUCAGAAGAAACAUGGUUCAACAAAAUAUAAUUUAUGAAGAGUAAGGCUGAUAGUAUGGGGAAUAUCUCCUUGUUUCCUUAAGAUAUUGCGUUACAGACGAAUUAUUUUGGUUCGUCGUGAAUUUUGCCAGAUUAGUGUUGCAAUGUUUGCUUGUAACGCUAUUUACACGGUACACGAAGCAAACUAAUGCCAUUGUGAUGAA